AUGCUCGCUCUCGAGCAUUCUCGUCGUCAACAGUUUGACCCAGCGUACGACUUCGAGCAGAGCAUUCAAGCGCCCUUCCCCAGCCUGACCAUGGAUACCUACGACUCGACAGAACCCAUGAUCAACUUCCACCCUCUCCCAUACUCGUUCUUUGACAACCCGUCCAUGUUUGCGACGGCUCCCAUGCAAGCCCUCAAGCAAGAGAUGCCGCCAUUUCAGGAUCUACCGCCCGCUCUGAUUUCUUCGGGUUCGGCACCAUCAAUCCCCAGCGCCUCGUCCUCGACGGUCGGUUCUCCAUACUCGGGCCCGUCCCACGCCAUCCCAUGUCAAGAUGGAAUUGACCGCACGGUUUCUUCCUUUGGAUUGGGCGUCAUGCCUGCUAUCGUCAAUCACGAGGCCUUUUCGCAAGAUGUCCUGGGAACUUCCAUGGAAGCCGAGCUGUCAUUGGGGAGCCACGAAAAGCUCCCCGACAGUUUUGUGGGUGAGUGUGCAGAUCUUUCCUCUUCUCAUCCGCGACCAGAGACCGGUGACAUUCUCCAAGCCCAAUCCGGGCAGCCACUUUCAUCAUCUAUUCCUGCUUCGCCCGAGUCACUGUCCAUCAGUACUUUCUUUGAUCGAGGCGUGUCCACUGCGCCUUCUGUCGCUUCCCAAUCGGUGUUUUCCACUGCUACCCUGUCCCCUGCAACCGAGCAAACUCGGGGAACGCCAACCUUCAAAUCGCCCACCACACCUGCUUCAGCAUGUCCCAGACAGUUUUUUGCUAUUUCGCCAGUGAAGGCGAGAAGCUUUCCCCCAACGUCGCGCUCGCAGACAGCUCCCUCUUUUCACCCUCAUGUGCUCCCCCAUGACGCGCCUGCCGCACCGCAGCAACAACAACAGCAUCACGCCAGCCGUUUUCAGUCUCAUUUCUUUGCCCAGAGCAGCGGUAAUUUCAUGGCCCCGCUGGAAACAUCCUAUCCGUCCUUGAUCCACGCUUCCAGACCAUAUGGCGACGCGGUCUUUGCUGACCAUGGGGUCUUCGCACCCAGCCUGCACUCCUUCACCACCACAUCUCCCUCUGGCUCACCGGCUCCAUCACCUCAACCAUACGGCGUUUAUCCUGCUACUCAAUUCUCUGAGCCCAUCACAAACACCGGCUACUAUCAACAGCAGCACUAUAUGAGCCGACGACCUUCCCUCGCGUCCUACGUGUCUGCUGUUUCACAUCCAAGCCCGGCCUCGGAAAUCGAUGAUGAUGGCCGAGACAAGGGCCGAUGCCCACAUCCUGAAUGCGGAAAAGUCUUCAAGGACUUGAAGGCUCAUAUGUUGACACACCAAGCCGAACGGCCGGAGAAGUGUCCUAUCUUGACCUGCGAAUACAAUCAGAAAGGAUUCGCACGCAAGUACGACAAGAAUCGGCACACCUUGACCCAUUACAAAGGUACCAUGGUCUGCGGAUUUUGCCCAGGUUCAGGCUCUCCGGCCGAGAAGAGCUUUAACCGAGCCGACGUCUUUAAGCGACACUUGACUUCGGUCCACGGCGUCGAGCAGACACCACCCAACAGCCGAAAGCGCAGCCCAUCGGCGAACAACCGAAAGCUCUCCAGCUACUGCCAAGAUGCCACAGGCAAGUGCUCCACCUGUUCGGCAACAUUCAACAACGCUCAAGACUUUUACGAGCAUCUUGAUGACUGCGUGCUGCGUGUGGUGCAACAAGAGGAGCCCUCAGAGGCUGUAAAUGUCCAGCAUCUCUCACAAAUUAGCAACGACAAGGACGUCCAAGAAACUCUGGAUCGCCACAUGAUCAAGACGGAGGAUGCUCCCACCAGCUUUGACGAUGAAGAUGACGAGGACGACGAAGACGACGAAGACGAUGAUGAGGACGAUGACCCGUCAUUCAAUAGCCGAUCUGGCAAAGGCGCACUCAAAUCCCACAAAGCCCCUGCAUCGGCACGAGCAAUCAUCGGGGGCGGUGUCUCCAAACCUGGCAAGUCUUCGAAGAAAGGCAUGACAUGGUCCAAAGGCGGAGUGGCUCUCGCCGGCAAAGGCCGCAAGAAGAGAAAGCACUAUCCGCCGUCCUGGGGCAUGUCCGCUGAGAAGAUGCGCAUGAAGAAGCGCGUGCUUUGCGUUUAUGACGGCCCGCGGCGCCUAUGGAAAGACGACAUGAUGCUGCACAAUGAAUUUGAGGUUCGGCUGCCGCUGGCCGAUUGCAAGAGCUAUGUCACCGACCUCGACAUCGAGACCCUCAAACGAGCUGAGGCUUUGCACAACGCCACAGCCGAAGAGAAGGGUCCGUGGAUUCCGACACCAGAGGAUGGUGGCCAAGGUUUCGACCUCAAUACCCUCAUGGCCUGA